GGUUGGUAGGGGGGGGAUUAACGGGGUCGUGAAUCGUGUUGCAGCCUGCAUUGUUUUGUAAUAUAACAUCCAAGUACAAAAACCAUGAGAUGGCAUUUAAAGGCAAAGCGGUCGACUCGAAGACCGUGCUCUUCAAUCUGCUGCUGUGUCUGCUCAUAUUUUACUCUCUUUUCUACAUGAUUGGGAGUGUGUGCUUCGGUGCCUUCAGGUUGGAUCACUUUGACGGACUGAUUCCAUUCGACUUUAAGACCGAACCAACUGAAUCUAACUCCAAAUACUUGGUGAACCUCCUGUCCUUGGAGCUCACCUACUUUUGCAGCGGCCUUUUGUUUGCUGCAGUGGUGCGGAGGCGAGUCUGGGACUACGCCUUCACUGUUACACUGCUGCAUGUAAUGAUCACCAGCAUAGUGAUGUGGGAGUUUCCAAUGGUGUGGCAGUGGUGGCUUGCUUUAGGUAGCGGCUUGUUUCUGAUGAUCUGUAAUGGUCAGCUGAUAGCUUACUUCACCUGCCAGAGCGACCAGAGCUACGCCUCCUUCAGCAUCUACUGACAGACCGAAAACUACUCUGUGUACAAAACUCUGUUUCACAAACAGUCUGGUGAAGUGAGGUAGAAAGGAUUAGACAAGAUGCUCUCUUCCUGGAGACACCCAUUAGAUUCUCCAUGGUGAUGGGCUUUUUCUGUUUGUCACUAAAAAAAGACUACUUACCAUUACACAUAGAGUCAGAGCUGGGUCCAAUUUGUGUUGUUCAAGGAGAUGUUGUCUGUACUUCGCUUCUAAUGCACUGUGCCGGAUUUUAAGGCACCCGUGAGGUAUUUUCAGUACUUUUGUAAACUGUGAAUGUAAUGGCAGAAUGGGCAAGUUGCAAUACACGUUUGUUGUAUGUGUUAAAGACGUACAUGUAAAGUGUUAAAAAUAAAAGUGCUUUAGACUGAG